AUGAUAUCGUCAACCCAAGAUGACCGACCAAAAGCGACCGCUAUCCCAUACCGCGACGAACCUCUACCGAAUGUCCCAAACGACCUCGUUAUCCCGAAUGUCUUGAGCUUGGAUUUCGACGAACGACUCUGGGGAUAUUUCGUCAAUCUACCCCGUGUCCGCAAAUCGGGAAUCCUAUCGCGCCAUCGCCAUACCGGACCUGUUCACGCGACAACUCUCCACGGUAAAUGGCAUUACCUCGAGCAUGAUUGGUGGGCGACGGAGGGGAGUCACGCGUUUGAGCCGCCUGGUGAUAUUCAUACGCUCGAGGUUCCGGACGGGGUCGAGGAGAUGGUGACGCUGUUUCAUGUUACGAGAGCGUACAUUUACGUUGAUCCAGAUGGGAAACCUGUGGGGGUGGAAGAUGUCUUUUCGAAGCUUGCAAGUGCGAAGAUGCAUUAUGAACGGGUUGGAUUGGGUGCGAAUUAUGUUGAUCAGUUUAUUCGAUGA